AUGGCGGACAACGCCCAAGCUAGCGAGUCUCUGAAGACUCAUGUUCAAGCAUCCGAAGCUCGUCGAUUUGUUGAAGCCGUUCUGACCGCAAACAAGGUGCCUCCUGCCAAUGCCAGCAUAAUUGCUCGUUGCCUUGUAGCAGCGGAUCUCCGUGGCGUGGAUACACACGGUAUGAAUCGUAUCCCAUCGUAUAUGGAACGCAUUCGGCAGGGUGUUCUCAGUCCUAAUGCACAACCGGAAGUCCGCCAGGUGACUCCAGUGGUUGCGCAUGUGGACGGGCACAAUGCCUUCGGUUUCCUUGCCGCCCACGCCGGUAUGGCGGCUGCUAUUGAAUCCGCCCGCACGUAUGGUAUCGGCAUGGCAAGUGUGGCACAUUCAAAUCACUUCGGGAUGUCUGCGUGGAUAGUUCAACAGGCAAUUGAGGCUGACAUGAUGAGCUUGGUAUUCACCAACUCAAGCCCUGCUCUGCCAGUUUGGGGCGGCAAGAGUAAGCUCAUGGGUGUAUCACCUAUCGCUUGCGGAGCGCCGGGAAAAGAUAAUAAUCCUUUCAUUCUUGAUAUGGCCCCGUCGGUGGCAGCACGUGGCAAGAUAUACAAAGCAAAACGAAGGAAUGAGAAGAUUCCAUUAGACUGGGCACUCGACGCUGAGGGAAAGCCUACAGAUGACCCAGUUGCCGCUCUUGGGGGUGUCAUGUUGCCAAUGGGCGGGCCGAAAGGCUCAGGGCUAUCUAUUAUGAUGGACGUCUUUUCGGGUGUUCUAUCUGGUUCCGCCUUUGCCGGAAAUGUUACGGGUCCCUACGACCCGUCUAAACCUGCUGAUGUUGGCCAUUUUCUCGUUGCUAUCAAGCCAGAUCUCUUCAUGAGUCUGGAUCAAUUCAGAGACAGGAUGGGUUACUUGUACCAGCGAGUCACCGGAUCAGAGAAGGCUGCGGGAGUAGAUCGCAUCUAUUUUCCUGGCGAGAUCGAGCAGCUCUCACAGCAAGAGAGGGAAAAAAGUGGGAUUCCUCUAGUACAGGCGGAGAUAGAUGCUCUGAAUGAGGAGGCGCAGAAGGUGGGUGUAGAUCCACUAGUUACGAUGUCGUCAAAGUGA